CGCUGAGUUUGAGGACCGGAUUGAGCACAUUGUGCUGUGGGACAGCAGGAAUCAAGCAUCUGUGGUCGCGCUCACAUAUAUUAAACUGAUGCGCACUAAUGCGCACACUGGCACAUCUGACGCGCGCCUUUGGUUACGCUUCUAUCAUGGUGGUACGCGUUUGAUUCGAGGAUUAUUAUUUUAGAAGACUCCGAUCGUGAGUAUAACGGACAUCUGCUGCAUGUAGCAGUUUGUAAUUUCCCCCUUGUUUGUUGUAUGAAAUCAUUGCUCUGCUCUUCGUACACCUCUUACGCAUUAGAAAGCUACUUAUAUCGCACAAGUUGGUAGUUGGAAUUGAUUUUCGGACACGUCGUUUUGGAGAUUUCCAUCAGUCGGACGGUGGUCCUCUUGUAUGGAUGUAGUGGCUCGGACUGAGUCGGACCGAUCCGGGGGUUCCAGACGCGCUUCCCCGAGAUUACCCAGCAGCAUCACCGUUCAGCCGAGCGCAUCCAGCAGCAGUCGACAUGAUCCUUCUGGGAAUACUUCUAAAUCUGUUCGUCAUUAAGGGGGCUGUUCCCUCUGUGGUGCCGGUGUUCCCCGGGACUGUGGACUGCAUAGAGGCUGUACAGGAAUGUAUAAAGGACCCGGAGUGUAAGCGACAGUUACGGCACCUGGAGUACUGUGUGGAUGAAGAGGCGGUGGCUCCCCUCAGUCUGGAGGGGCGGCAGGCCUGUGUCGACGCCCAGAACAACCUCAUGCACUAUCAGAGCCUGCAAGAAUGCAAGUGUCAGCGAGGGUCUCGCAUGGAACAACAGUGUCUGAGCAUUUACUGGACCGUCCGUUUUCCACAGGGUUAUGAUGACAUUGAGACGUCCCCAUAUGAAGACAUUGAACUGGAACUUGUGAAAAAUAGCGAAACAUCAAAACUAGCCUCAAUAGUUUCAGUGUCCUCCCUUCCUCUGACGGAUCAGAACCAGUGUUUGAAAGCUGCUCAGGACUGUGGGUUGUACGAGAAGUGCGGGUCCCUGCGCUCUGAGUACGCGUUAGCAUGCACUAAGAUCAUUCCUGGCACGAACCACUGUAACCGGCACAAAUGUCACCGGGCCCUGCGGCGGUUCCUGGAGCGUGUUCCAGAGGAGUACAGUUUUGGUGUCUUAUUUUGUCCCUGUUCGGAUACUCUGUGCGGGGAGAGAAGGAGAAAAACCAUUGUGCCCUCCUGUUCUUAUGAGGAGCGAGACGGACAGCCCAACUGCCUCAAUCUGGAGAGUUACUGCCUCAAAGACAACCUGUGCAGGUCAAGACUGGCUGAUUUCCAGCAGAACUGUCAGCCGUCUUCUCUCUCUCCCUCCGGCUGUCUCCGGGAAAGUGUAGCUGUGUGCCUCAAGGCCUACGCUGGGCUCAUCGGUACCAUCAUGACACCAAACUACGUAAGUAACAGCAGUACAGAGGUAUCGCAGUGGUGUAAUUGCGAAGGCAGCGGAAAUCAGUGGCAGGACUGCCUGCGUAUCCUGCACAUGUUCAACAGCAACACCUGCCUGCGUGAGAAGCUGGCGUGGAACGGGCCCCUGAACUGGAAGCGACAUGUCCUGUUUUACACAAAUUUGUUGUGCAUAACCCCCAUUAAAGAGACAUUUCUCUGUUUCCAAAAGGUGGUUGAAAGCGAAGAAGAUGAGGAGGAAGAAGAGGAGGAGGAGGAAGAAGACCAAACCGGAGGAGGAGGAGGGUUCAACGUCAUCCCUCCAUUCUCAGACAAGGCGACAGUCACUAACCUGGGCUCUGAGGCCGGAAGAGUCCACAGCUCAGCCUCCACCUUCUCCAUCCCUCACUUCCUACUCGCGGCUCUGCUGCUGAUUGCUCUCCGCUGGGGGUAGAAACCCUCAGUCAUACACACACACACACACACUCUUACACAACACACGCAAACACACUUCCUCCUGAAGUACUCGCUCACAUCCAGACUCUAUCAUUGAGGGAUGACAAGAACGACAGAUUGGAGGGCGAAACGAGCGGACAACUGUUCUAUCCUUCUUUCCUUCUUUCAUUCAUUCUUUUUCUUUUUCUCGGGAAGAGGGUCUGCUAUAGGUAUAGCUGCUUGUUCAUUAGGGAAUCACGUUCUGAAUGGGAUUCCCCACCUGAAUCAUUUGAAUCACACAGAAGAUUCACGACUCCUCGGACUGACAGUAGUUGACGGUGAACAAAUGAUUUGGUCUUGCCAUGUAUCUAUUGUAUAACGUCAGUGUGCUUCAGAAAAGCGAGUUAAACCAGGAAAGAGUUUGCUUUCCUUGGGUUCGGAAAACCCGCCGUGUUUAUUGUCGCUGAUCAUGUCAUAUGAAAUGAGACAAAAUGUAUGUGUGUUUGUAAGUACGUGAUUCGCUUGACAUCGCUGCUCGCCGACAUGAGAGCAAAAAAAUUGUCGAGCACGAUUUCCAAAUCUUCCCGUUUCUCACGCCUCCGUGUCUCUGGAAUCAGGCCGCACACCUAAUCACACACACAGAGACACACACACACACACACGUCUGCCCUGCUGCGGAGCCGAUCACACAGAUGCAAGCGGUUUUCAUUUAUUACUCUAUCUGCGAUGUGCUUUCAUUUUUUGACUCAGCACAGACUGUGCAUUCUAACCAGGGGCAUAAAUAAAAAAACACGUUCGCGAACAGAAAAAAACAUGAGUAAUAAAGCUGAAAAUAAAGAAAUAAACACACUAAAUAAAUAAACAUACCGCCGCACAGCAGGUGUCGGAGUCCGGUCUGGGUUUAGAACCCGAGGGGAAGAAACAGGAAGUCAUUUUCCAACCGCCUGUCGCCUGGUACCUCUCCCUGUGCCUGUUGUUUUACUUUCACAGAGAUAAUGGCUUACAACACAAACUGUUUAUCUUGUUGUGUGUUCAUGGGGAUGAAUUACUCGUGAUGGGAGCGAAAUAGAAAAAAGAGAUCAAAGGAAAGAACAGACGGAGACGGGGAGAGACUCAAACCCUCCAGCGAAGAGAAAAAAACAUACAGUCUAGAAUCACAUGCUUUUUCUGUUUCUUAUAAAUCUUUUGCUGACACCGAUGCUUUUUUCUCAAUCUCGUUUCUUUUCCUCGCUCUCGUGCAUGUCCGUGGAAGUGAGAGAGAGAACAUGGGUGCACUCGUACUGAAUUCAAUCAAUCAAGAACUUACUUCUCAACUGUUGAUGGAUGUAUGUUCAGUAGGUAUGUAGUAUAAAUAUGAGAUUUGGUUCCUCACAGAAACCUAUUCCCCUUGGACCACAAGUGGUAACCCAUUGUAAUGCCUGUUCAAAAAUGCAAUAUUGUCAUUAUAUUUUGACUAAUUCAGUUUUUUUUAGAUUGCAAGUAAAAACUUAUUUUACAUACCCCCGGUUUCACAG